AUGACGAACUUUAAAUCUGGGUACGAGCGCAAGUCUUACACCAGGGAGCAAUGGUUGAAGGUUGUACAAGAUUGCAACCCUUAUGAUCGCAGCAAUAAUGAGCAGUCGACUAAUGAGCCCAGAAUCCCCAUGCUCUUGUUAAAUUACUUUGUGGUUAUGGCAUAUGAAGAAUCGAGUAUUCGUAUGGCCAAAGAGCUUGGGUAUGUGACUUCCAAUAAGGAUAUCGAAGAGUUCAAUUCGAUAUAUAUGAUCAAGAAAAGAGCUUAUAUCAAGGAGUUGAUCAAGAAGGGCGAGAUUCUACUUGCUAUGGAGAAAAUCACAGAGAUGUUUGGAAUUGAGGUGCUAGAGAAUCUUAAUGAUCAUAUUAUGGAUGAAGAUUUGAACUUUAAGUUGCUAUUGUUGAACUUGAUUGAAAUGAUCCGUUCCCACAAUCGCAAUGAUAAAGGGGAGAGCCAAGAACAAUUCGUUCUGGAUUUGAUUUCAUAUGCCCAAGAUAAGCUAGCGUUAAAGGCCAGCUCGAAGAAGGAGUACAUGAAGGAGGUAGAACUAGUGAUGACAUUACUUCUCUUCCCACUGCAUGACGGAGAGGGAGAAACCAAUGGAGAUUAUGCAACUGAUCCAUCUUGCAAGUUGCCGAAGAAGUUGAAACAGCUAUACUCGUUAAACUUAAGGACAAAGGUAGCGGAUCUAGUAAAUAGAAAGCUUCUACAGUCCAUUCUACCACGUAUCAAUAGCCAGUUAGAGAAAUCUGGACUUCCAGACAUAUUGGGAUCUAGUUUCCAAUCAAACCAAGUACCUACUUUGACUAACGUUAUACGGUCAAUACCAAGGGAGAAUAUUACCACCGAGAAGCUCUCUGGAGAGCUAGCUUAUGUGGAAGAGAAACAAGGAAGCUCCACUAGUAACAAUGCAGAAAUGUGUGGUAUACAAGGGGAAAUUUUCGAGGAACUUGGUGAAGAUUUAGAUUCAUAUCAUAUCCCAAACGACGUUAGAUUGGUACAGAUCAUGAAACUUUGGGUUUGGUGCGAGAACAAGCUACAUGCGGCAGAUAUAGGAGUUCCACGAGUGGAGAGUGAUGUGUAA